ACACACACACACACUGGAGGAGUACACACACCGUCAUCAUGUCAGCUUGCCAACUAUCACAAUGACAUCUAACUAUGGAUAUGGAUCUAGCGGUUUGGGGUUCAGUGUGGCUCAGAUUGGUGGCUUGUGUCUUGUUUGUUCUGCUGCAAUGGACAGAAAGUGUAACACUACUCAAGACCUCAACACUCUGCCUGGACAACCCUUGCCAACACCAGUCAGAGUGCAGGGAAGCCCUGUCUGAUUUCCUGUGCCAGUGUCAGACGACUGUGCCAGUCUUUCCCAGCACGCGUUGUGAUUCUUCCAGUACGUUCUGCCAACUGUCCAUCUGCCAGGGCAAUGUGACAUGUCAACCCACCGGCGCCCACCCAGGGGAACUAGUUUGCCAGUGUGACUCCGGCUUGCUGGGGCAGGACUGUCUUUCCAGUGCCCAGCUCUGCGCUCAGGGGCAUUGUGGGGACAGUGCCCACUGUCUGGCAGUGCGAGACCAGAGCCCAGGGUACGCAUGCAUCUGUCAGGAGGGUUACACUGGAAGAUCUUGCGAAAAAGAGGUGGACCACUGCUCUCCUAACCCCUGCAGAAACCGCGCCAUCUGCCGCAGCAGAAGGAAUGGGCCCACUUGCUUCUGCGUGCCAGGAUUCCAGGGCCAGCUCUGCGAGAUUGAGGUGAAUGAAUGUGUGUCGAGGCCCUGUAGAAACGGAGCCACCUGUGUGGACAAGAUCGGGCACUACAUCUGUCUCUGCAGGCCUGGAUACAUGGGUAGCAGCUGUGAGCUGGAGAUUGAUGAGUGUCAGUCACAGCCCUGUCUCCACGGCGCCAGUUGCCAUGACCACAUCAAUGGCUUCACGUGCACAUGCCUGGCGGGUUUCCAGGGCGAGAGCUGUGAAAUCAACAUCGACGAGUGCCGUGACCAGCCAUGCCAAAACGGGGCUCUGUGUGUGGAUGAAAUCAAUAGCUACCGCUGUGACUGCUCACAGACUGCUAACUUCACUGGUGUUGACUGUGAGAUCCCGCCUCCGCCCUGCUGGUCUCAACCCUGCCUCAACAGCGCCCUCUGUGAGAAUCAACAGGAGAACUACACCUGCAACUGCUGGCCAGGGUUUGAAGGGCGUAACUGUGAGGUAGACGUCAGUGAAUGUGAAAGCAAUCCCUGUGUGAAUGAAGGCAUUUGCAUGGAGCUUUCUUGGAAAACACUUUACGGUACUGAGCCCCUGUUUACAGCUAGAUACAAUCCCAGACUUGCUUCCGGGUUCAUCUGCAAGUGUCCGCCAGGAUUCUCAGGUGCCUUGUGCGAGCAAAACACAACUGCCUGUACCACCAGCCCAUGUCAUAAUGGAGCCACAUGUGAAGACUUCCUAGGCAGCUACAAGUGCAUCUGCCCUUCUGAAAGCCAAGAUGGAGUCCUCUACGGUGGUCGAAACUGUAGCGAGCCUCUUACAGGUUGCGAAGGUCACGAGUGCCAGAACGGAGCGUCCUGCAUCCCAUUCCUCAGCGAAGGUGUACAUGGAUACAGUUGCAUCUGUCAGCCUGGCUACACCGGCUCUUACUGCCAAACGCUCACUGUGUUCUCCUUUGAGACAAGCAGAGCAUUCUUGCACCUGCAGACCCCGCUGCUGGGUGCAGAAACAUAUUUCAAUAUCACGCUAAGCUUUCGUACAGUCCUGGAGAACACAGUGCUCUUCCAAAGGGGCAGCGGAGGGGUCACACUCAGCCUGGAGAUACAGGAGACACACCUGAUUCUUGAUCUUAAGACUGACCCUCAGCCAAACGCAACCAGCUGGACUCUGAUGUUGCCUCAGGUUGUAUCUGAUGGUGAAUGGCACACAGUAGAAGCCGUACUUGGAGAGGGUACCCUGCUGCUGCAGCUGCUGGAGCCAUGCCAGGGUGGACAAAACUGUGGUACAACAGCCCAAGUAAAGAUCGGCGCCCUUGAGCUGGAGUCAGCCCUACUAAGCACCUUUGUUGGAGGAUUGGAUGAGGGAGGGAGCUCCAGAUCAUUCAUCGGCUGCAUGAGGGACUUGCUCGUGGACUCGCAGCUGAUGAUACCGGAGGACUGGUUGAGCAGCUCAGCUGUAAAUGUUGUGCAGGGCUGUAGCCAUCAUGACCGAUGCCUUUCUGGUCCAUGCGAGAACCAUGGAGAAUGUGUUAACCUUUGGCAAGGUUACCAGUGCAAAUGUCUGCGCCCAUAUGUGGGUCAAAACUGUGAUGAGGAGUAUAUUACCGCCAGAUUUGCCCAGCAAGACUCGACAAGCUAUGCUGUCUUCACCAUCAAUGACGAACCUGACUCGGAAACACUUCAUCUGUCCAUGUUCUUGCGUACUCGAAAAGACUCUGGUCUUUUGGUGCUGCUGGCCAACAGCACCUCUGACUACUUGCAGAUGUGGCUGGAAAAGGGAAAACUGACAGUUCAAGUCAACAACUUGAAGACUGUGACUGGUGAAAGGGUGCUUAAUGAUGGUGAGAGACAUUUUGUCAGUGUCACCAUCGAGGAUGGCAUGAUGACUCUGCAGGACUCGGAUCAUGAAUUCGAAGCAACAUAUGUUCAACCUGUUUCCAUUCAGUUUGGGGAUACGAUCAAUGUCGGUGGCCUGUUUGAUGUACAAGCCUUAACUGCGUUUGGUGGACAUUUUAAAGGUUGUCUACAAGACUUGCAGCUUAAUGAGAAGAAGCUUGAGUUUUUCCCAAUUGAUACUUCUGCGAUGUCGUACAAACCCGAUCGCGUUGUGAAAGUUACUGCAGGCUGCACCAGUGAUGACACUUGCUCAAAAAAUCCUUGCCAAAAUGGUGGCAUCUGCUUUUCUUCAUGGGAUGAUUUUACUUGCAACUGCCCUCCUAACACAUCAGGACAACACUGUGAGGAGGUGAGCUGGUGUGACCUCAACCCGUGCCCACCACAAGCAAUAUGCCGGGCCCUAAACCAGGGCUAUGAAUGCAUUUCAAACGUGACUUUCCAGGAGAACACCACACUUGUAUACCAAGGCAAUGGGCUGAUAUCCCGCCAUCUGACCAGUAUUGUCUUUAAUAUCCGUACACGUAAGCGCAAUGCCAUAGUGUUGCAUGCAGAGAGUGGAUCAGAGUUUGUAACUGUAUCUCUUCAAGAUGGAUUUCUGGUUCUUGAGCUUCUAAGUGGACCUACUACUUCAUCCUCAUUGUCACCAGUAACCCUGCACAGCCCAAGGGUAGUCGCUGAUGGGGAAUGGCAUGUUAUAGAGCUGUUAAUGGCCACUCCAGGGUCUAACAGCUCCCACUGGAUUAUGGUCCCCCUAGAUGAAAAAGAUGAGCCUACUAAAUCAGACUCUAUGACCGGAAAUCUAGACUUCCUCAGAGAGAGCGUGUACAUCAUGCUAGGAGGACUAGGCCCUGAUUCUGGCUCCAAUCUCAUUGGUUGCUUGAGUAAUGUUGAGAUUGGUGGAAUCGUGCUUCCGUAUUAUGGACAGACUGAGGUGAGAUUUCCACGCACACAGGAAGAAAUGUUCAAUAAGAUAUCCGAGGAGCCUGUUCAAACCGGCUGUUUCGGGGAGGUGGUGUGUGAGCCCAAUCCCUGCCUGCAUGGAGGCAUCUGUGACGAUCACUUCAACCUUUUUCACUGCUUCUGUCUUCCUGGCUGGGGCGGUGAUCACUGUGAGCUGAAUACAAACACCUGCGCCUCCAACCCCUGUCGACAUGGAUAUUGUAGUGUGCAGGACCUCACAUACAACUGCACAUGUGAGGACGGAUACACUGGCACCAACUGUGAGAUGAAGGUGGAUGCUUGUGCUGGGCACAGGUGUGCUAAUGGAGCGACCUGCUUGCGUGGCUUCAACAUGUAUUCCUGCCUCUGUACCGACAAGUUUACUGGGCCACUUUGCAACAUUCAGAUUGAAGAGGUUCCGUGGUACGUAGUUGUCAGGAACAUACCGCCAAAGCUCCCGGUGUCCAUCUGUGGCGAUGAACAGCAGAACUACACAUGUUUCAAUGGGGGGAACUGUUCUGACACCAACAUGCCGUGCGACUGCCACCCUGGGUUUUCGGGUCACUGGUGUGAACUAGAACUUGAUGAAUGUAGAUCCAAUCCUUGCAAGAAUGGCGGCUACUGCCAGAACAUGGUCAACAGGUUCCAAUGCGUCUGUGAAAUGACUUUUGCCGGCGAGACCUGCGAAGUGGACCUGAACGCAGAGAGUGUGACGUCUCAGCUGUUGCUCUCCAUCAGCCUGGUGUGUGUGGUUCUGCUCUUGGUUGUUUUUGGUGUGACCACAGCUCUGGUCAUUGCACUGAACCGAAGGGCCACACGGGGCACUUACAGCCCCAGUCGGCAGGAGAAGGAAGGCUCAAGGGUGGAAAUGUGGAACAUUGUACAACCUCCACCAAUGGAGAGACUCAUCUGAUGCUUUUUACAAGACGGCGGAGAAAAGAAAGUGCUUAAUUAUGUGGCAGCUAUAAGAGUUGGACCA